CUUGUGUGGCCAUCGGGUGUGUGCUGGGUGUCGAGCCGAGGUGCUGUGUCCGGCCGCGCGCGUGUGUCCCCCCGGCUGUGUGUCUGGGGGGCUGUCGCGCGCCCAUCGGAGGGGCUGUGUGCAGGUACCGGCCCAGGCCCUGACUCCCCGCAGAGAGGUGAGUGGGGUCCUUCAGGCUGGGGAGAGAGAUGUGGAGUGAUUGGGCCUGUUCUGAGCCAGCUGGAGGCCUGGAGCCCUGCCUGAUGAAGAAACCGAGAUUCAGAGAGGUUCAGACACUUGCCCGAGGUCACGCAGCUAGUCUCACGCCCCACCCCUCCCGCCUUCCCCCUGCACCAUGGCUCCGGGCCCCUUCUCCUCGGCGCUCCUCUCGCCGCCGCCCGCUGCCCUGCCCUUUCUGCUGCUGCUCUGGGCUGGGGCGUCUCGUGGUCAGCCCUGCCCCGGCCGCUGCAUCUGCCAGAACGUGGCGCCCACGCUGACCAUGCUCUGCGCCAAGACGGGCUUGCUCUUCGUGCCGCCGGCCAUCGACCGGCGCGUGGUGGAGCUGCGGCUCACUGACAACUUCAUCGCGGCCGUCCGCCGCAGAGACUUCGCCAACAUGACCAGCCUGGUGCACCUCACCCUGUCCCGUAACACCAUCGGCCAGGUGGCCGCCGGCGCCUUCGCCGACCUCCGCGCCCUCCGCGCCCUGCACCUCGACAGCAACCGCCUGGCCGAGGUGCGCGGCGACCAGCUCCGCGGCUUGGGCAACCUCCGCCACCUGAUCCUCGGCAACAACCAGAUCCGCCGGGUGGAGUCAGCUGCCUUCGAUGCCUUCCUGUCCACGGUGGAGGACCUGGAUCUGUCCUACAACAACCUCGAGGCCCUGCCCUGGGAGGCCGUGGGCCAGAUGGUGAACCUGAACACCCUCACGCUGGACCACAAUCUCAUCGACCACAUCGCGGAAGGUACCUUCGUGCAGCUGCACAAACUGGUUCGCCUGGACAUGACCUCCAACCGCCUCCAUAAACUGCCCCCCGAUGGGCUCUUCCUGAGGUCCCAGGGCUCAGGGCCCAAGCCGCCCACACCGCUCACGGUCAGCUUCGGCGGCAACCCCCUGCACUGCAACUGUGAGCUGCUCUGGCUGCGGCGCCUGACCAGGGAGGACGACCUGGAGACGUGCGCCACCCCGGAGCACCUCACCGAUCGCUAUUUCUGGUCCAUCCCAGAGGAGGAGUUCCUGUGUGAACCCCCGUUGAUUACGCGGCAGGCGGGGGGCCGGGCCCUGGUGGUGGAGGGCCAGGCAGUCAGCCUGCGGUGCCGCGCUGUGGGUGAUCCGGAGCCGGUGGUGCACUGGGUAGCGCCCGAUGGGCGGCUGCUGGGAAACUCGAGUCGGACCCGGGUGCGGGGGGACGGGACGCUGGAGGUAACCAUCACCACCUUACGGGACAGUGGCACCUUCACUUGCAUUGCCUCCAAUGCGGCCGGGGAAGCCACAGCCCCGGUGGAGGUGUGCGUGGUGCCUCUGCCUCUGAUGGCACCCCCGCCGGCCGCCCCACCGCCCCUCACGGAGCCCGGCUCCUCUGACAUCGCCACGCCAGGCCGACCCGGUGCCAACGAAUCGGCUGCUGAGCGCAGGCUCGUGGCGGCUGAGCUCACCUCGAACUCGGUGCUCAUCCGUUGGCCAGCCCAGAGACCUGUGCCCGGCAUCCGCAUGUACCAGGUCCAGUACAACAGCUCCGCGGAUGACUCCCUUGUCUACAGGAUGAUCCCAUCCACCAGCCAGACCUUCCUGGUGAACGAUCUGGCGGCAGGCCGCGCCUACGACCUCUGCGUGCUGGCUGUCUACGACGACGGGGCCACGGCACUGCCGGCCACGCGAGUGGUGGGCUGCGUGCAGUUUACCACCGCUGGGGACCCCGCGCCCUGCCGUCCCCUGAGGGCCCACUUCUUGGGUGGCACCAUGAUCAUCGCCAUCGGGGGCGUCAUCGUCGCCUCGGUCCUCGUCUUCAUCGUUCUGCUCAUGAUCCGCUAUAAGGUCUACGGCGACGGGGACGGCCGCCGGGUCAAGGGUACCUCCCGGUCGCCGCCGCGGGUCAGCCACGUGUGCUCGCAGACCAACGGCGCAGGCGCACCGCAGGCCCCGCCCCCGCCGGCGCAGGACCGGUACGAGGCGCUGCGCGAGGUCGCGUCCCCUGCCGCCGCCGCCGUGGAGGUCGAGGCCAAGGCCGCGGCGGCCGAGGCGGCUUCCGCGGAGCCGGAGACCAUCCUGGGACGCUCCCUGGGCGGCUCGGCCACCUCGCUGUGCCUGCUGCCGUCUGAGGAAACCUCGGGGGAGGAGUGUCGGGCCGCGGCGGGCCCUCGCAGGAGCCGUUCCGGGGCCCUGGGGCCGCCGGCCUCGGCGCCCCCCACUCUAGCUCUGGUUCCCGGGGGCGCCCCGGCCCGGCCGAGGCCGCAGCAGCGCUAUUCGUUCGACGGGGACUACGGGGCGCUCUUCCAGAGCCACAGUUACCCGCGCCGCGCCCGGCGGACAAAGCGCCACCGGUCCACGCCGCACCUGGACGGGGCCGGAGGGGGCGCGGCCGGGGAGGACGGAGACCUGGGGCUGGGCUCCGCCAGGGCACGCCUGGCCUUCACCAGCACCGAGUGGAUGCUGGAGAGUACCGUGUGAGCGGCGGGCGCGCGCCGGGACGCCUGGGCGCCGCGGACACACGCCCAGCCGCCCGGACGCCGGGGCGGGACUGGGGCGACGGCGCGGCGCCCCGUCGUGGGACUGGAGGCGGAGACGCGGCCUCCUCCUCCCCGGAGGGGGCGGGGCUGCCUCGGCCGCGGCCCUUGGCCACGCCCCCGAGCCCGGGGGAGUUAGGGGGCGGGCAGCCGGGCCCCCCUCCUCCACGGACUCCUCGCCCCCUCCUGCCCCUCCCCCCGCGCGCUCGCGGACCUCGCUGGAGCCGGUGCCUUACACAGCGAAGCGCGGGGAGGGGCAGGGCCCCCCCGACACUGCAGCACUGAGACACGAGCCCCCUCCCCCCGCCCGGGACCCGGGGCAGGGGCGAGGGGCCCAUUUCUUGUAUCUGGCUGGACUAGAUCUAUUCUGUCCCGCGGCGGCCUCCAAAGCCCCCACCCCCACCCCGUUCACCUCCCUGGUCCUGUCGGGUCUGGCUUGGGGUCCCCCUUUCUCUGUUCCCUUUGUGUCUGUCCCGCCCUAUGUCGUCUUUGUCUCUGUCCUUCCCUGUUUGUCUCUCCUUUCUCUGUCCCGUGUCUCUUCUCCCUCUGCCACAUCUUGUCCAGUCUCCCUCCCUCUCCCGAUUACCUCUUCCCACUACACAUUCCCCCGGGCAGGUCCCACUGGAAGGACCAGACUCCCCUAUUCCUUCCUCUUUCCCCAGGUAAAUCCCCACAUGAACAAAAUCCAAAACCAAAUCCGCCCCCCUUCCCUGCCGGAGCCGGGACCCUCCGCCGCAGCAGAAUUAAACUUUUUUCUGUGUCUGAG